AGGUAGGAGAAGGGGUUGAGAGACCCUCCAAAUUACCAUGAUCAAGGAGAAUCAGAAAAAUCGUGGAAUUUCAAGGAAUCCAUUGGGAAAGUCUAAAGUGGGAACUAGAGGGCCAAGAGCGGGAGUCUCGGACCAGCCGUAGGAGUAAAUCAUUCAAUCAACCGGAUAUAGGCAAGCAAGUACAGCGUUCAUUAGAAGUUCUAAUGAAAGUUGGGGAAUUCGAGGAAGAGUCUAAACGGUCGUAAAGAAGAGAGUUUGCGAGCAAUACCAAGGAAGAGCAAAAAGGCCAAAGGGAUUUUGACGAGAUUUCAAGAAGUCAAUGGGUCAAGUCUCAGGUGACUCGAGGUCAAGAAGAGGCAUAAAGAGGUACGAUGAGGAAAAUCAUUGCCAACAAGGAGGAAAUCAUUAAGUUACCUUACCCAAGGUGCCCCACUCUGAGGGAGUACGAUAUAGUAGGAUGUCAUCCAUAAAAGAAGGUCAGUUAACGAUAAAUUAGUGAUAUUUAGUUAAGCCACUAAGAGCCAUGACUAAGAGAUUAAGGCUAUGUACAAGCAUCGGUUGAGACAAAUGACGUGAAUGAGGUAUGUUAAGACCUACCCAAGGAAAUCCUCUAUUGGAAGCUUUAACCCUAACAAUAACGAGAAGAUACUCAACGGAGCUUGGUGAUCGAAAAAUAGUACAAAGCAGCAACGGAAGAGUAGUAAAAGUAAAGAAGCAAGGAGAACACCAUAGGACGCUAUAGGAAAUAAAUAAAAAAGUAAAUAAAAAAAAAAGAGUGGUUGUCGACCGGACAAUGAAUGCGUGAAAGAAGAUAGUUGGGACGUGGUCGAACACCAUCGUGAGUAGAAGUCGUGGGUGUCAUCUGUCAAGUCUAUCUAGAGAAAGUUUCGAGUGGAAAUGUUGGCUCUGAGGUAUGGCGAGGAGCUACUAAACUGAGUAGAUCAAAGCUAGUACCAAGCAUCGAUGAAGGAGUUGUAGAAGUAAGGAGGAAACCACAAGCUAUACUGAAAGUUAUGGUGAAAAGGGUGGUAGUUGAUAAAACGUCAAAUUCAGGGAGAAAGAUAGUUAGGAAGAUCCGACGAAAGAAUACGAAGGUCAACAAGGAGGCGUUAAGGUAAUGGCCAGUGGAGAAUAAGUUGGACCAUAGGAAGCCCAGCAAAAACGGAGAAGCUCAAUGGUCAACUUUAAAGUAGAAGUGUGGUGGUCCAGAACGGUCGAAGGGAAAACCUUAUCGGUCAAGGUACAUAAGUGAGAAGAGAAUAUGGACACCUAGAGGACUAUGUCGCGAACAAGGGACAUCUAAACCGAGAAAGGAACAUCAAGGAGAAGAGUCACGAGUAACGAAGUAAGAGGGCUACAAGUUUAGUGAACCUUAUAGAAUACCACAAAGUGAAACCAAAAUCGCCUAUGCUGGUGAAAUGUGUUAAUCUCUCAGGUAAAACUCUAUCGGACGGGGGAAACUGUAUGAGGAAUUUCAGUUGGGGCUAAGAGUAGCAGAAUGGAUAAUAAGAGAACUUCAAAUUCAGGUGGCGAUAAGGAGGUGCUAAGUUAGGCGCUAGGAGUGAAUAGGUAAGCCAAAGGGAAGUUCAUGACUCUUGAAGGGAGUCAUAUGGUUGUUAGCAAGCUAGAGAAAGAUGCAAAGGAUGCCUUUAAUGCAUACAAGAAGUAAAAGCAGUAGUAUGAGAUUUCAGAGUUAAGCAAGAAGUAACGAGGAGAUGACCACUCAAUUUAUGGUUAAAGGAUAAGACAAGGCAUCAAGGAAGAAAGUAAGAGAUACAGAGUUAGGAGAUACAAGGACCUAGGUGACCCAUGAGGUCAAUCCGGACGAGAGUUACGUUAAAGGAGUUUUACCAUCUGACUAGAUGGAGGACAAGCCGCCAUAUGUAACCCUAAGGUUAAAGGGGGUAUUAAGAACAUCAAUAGGGACGUGUAAAGGAUUCUUUCAUGCUAAAGGCACCAGAUAUGGUGAAUCAGGCAUCAAGUGUGUGUAUCAAGUGGAGUUAUCAAAGAGGAGCAUAAUGAGCCCUAAAAAGGGAGAAGAAGUGAUACCUAGGAACCAGCAUCGGAGUUAAUCAUUAAGUAGGUCAAACAUUCUACACCAAGGAGAGUUGUCAGCAGUCAAGAUAGGGUGGACAAAGUUCAAGGUCUGGGCCUGGUAUGACCUGAAUAGCUGGCUAAUAAUUUACUUCCUUAAGCUCUUAAGGAAUCCUACGUAGAGACCCAAGACAAAUCGUUGAGAACAACAAGAGCUACGAAUGCCAUUACACCAUCAGAGGCAUUUAAGAAGGGAGAGUGCCUUAGUGCCAUAGACUCAUUAAGCAAGUAACUAGCUUGAGCAAGAGAUUUAUGAAAAAUGGGGGAGCAAUUAGUUGGCGAAGAACCACACGAAUUGGAGGAAGGGGUUUAUAGCUCCAGGUUGUAUAAAGUAAAGGAAGUAUAAGUCCUUGCAGCAGAAUGAUUACCUCAAGUGAGACUUUAGGUUAUCAACAAGGAACAAAUUUCGAGGUCGAAAUUUUCUUAAGGAGGGAGGAAACAUGAUACCUCGACUUCGGUAGGUUCAACAUCAAGUAUUGGACCCAAGUUGGAAAAUUUUGAAAAGGGCAAGUAGCCACUCAAAGCUACUCGAUGCUAAUGAGCUUGUUGGGAAUACCCUUUAUGGUCAAGAAGAAAUAACUUGAGGUGAGGUAAACUAUACGGGAUAAGCAACGGACAUCAUCAAGGUUCAUAUAGAGAGAGUAAAUUUUGGGGCAAGGAAGUACAAGAAUGGUGUUGACAGAGGAAUGAGAUUCAAGCAAAUUUCGGGGACGAAAUUUUUAUAAGGGUGGAGGAAAUGUUACACCCCGAUCUUUCUAAGGGUCAAAAUGACUAUUUUACCCUUGGUUAAAUUCAUCAAGUUUCAUCGUGAUAUCGAGGAGGACUAAAAAUGCGAACUCUCGAUUCAAACGGUGUCGAGUUUCGAUAUAAAUCGAAUAAGUUACGGACGUUAGUUGAGUUACGGAUUAAACUCACCCGUAAUUUGUGAAAUUCACCGAGUUAGAUAAAAUCCAACCCUAAUCCCAUGCUCCACUCAAGCUAAUUAAAACCUAAAACCCUAAGCAGCCUUUUAAUCUUCUCCACCAAACAGUUUUCCGGACCGGGGAUGAUAAGCGACGCAUCUCUCCCUACCAUGGGAGGCGUGUGCUUAACCAAGGUGGAGGGCAAUUAUCCAGGACAAAGCAAAGCGGCACCAUCGAGAGCUGCUCGUCCGAGGCGGUGGGAUAUUGGGGAAAUCAAACACGCGGUAUCGUCCAACGAGCGUUCAUCGUCCGAGCGGGAUCUGUUCGUCCGAGAGCAAGGCCUCCGUUGGUGCAUCAAUCUCGUCCAAGGGGGAUCUGCCUGCAAAGCGACCCUCUCUACCAUGAGAGCUACUUGCUUAAGCAAGUUCGUCGCACCUGUCAUGGGUAUUGCGCCACAGCAAGCACGAGGUCACUUGCGUUUGGGAAGGCAAAAGCGGAAGCAACCAUGAGGUGGCAUGCUAUCGGGAGGCCAACGCAGGAGCCAUGAGGUGGCUUCCUCUCGUGAGGACAACGCAAAAGCAGGGCUGUUUGCGGUGGGGAAUCAGCCAAAGCGGCUUAGGCAGGAGACCAUGCAGGACCAACAUUAAAAAUACUCUCUCUGCUACGAGAGGUGUUAGCUUAAGCAAGCAUGACCAAUAUUAACGAGAGCCGCUAUGCAAGCAAGUAGGACCAUUAAGCAAGCAAGCAGGAGAUCGAUAGGAGGCGGCCAUGAUUAAGCAGGCAGGAGGAGGGCAUUAUUAGGGCAAAAGCACAUAAUCAAGCCAGUUCCAACGGAAGUAAGGUGAGUGUAAAGGGGGUAAAUUCUACGCCUUACGUACUCUUUUAAGUUUGACGAGCCUUAGGUAUUUGUUGAAGUGAUUGUUAUUGCUUGAUUGUGCUUAUGGUUGAUUAUAUGUGAUUUUGUUUGAGCCAUGUUUGAUGUGAUUGUCCAUGAGUUUUAUUUAAAUUUAAGCUUUGAGUUUAUAAGUUAUUGUUGAACUUAAGAAGCAAGUCCCUUUUAAGAAGUAACUCACUUUCAAGAAGGUGAAGUCGUUUUAAGUGUUUUUAGUCACUAGCGCCAGUCCGUUGCCAUUUGAGAUUUCCAGAUAGAGUAGCAGUUAUGCUCUUGAGAUCUUUGAGACAGAGCAGCAGUUAUGCUCUUGAGACUUUUAAGAUGGGCAGCAGUUAUGCCCUUGUGAAUCAUGGUGAAGAGCCACCACGAUAAGUUUAAGAUGUUAGGGGGAUGAAUCGUUACGACUUCCCUAACUAAGUUUAAGUUUAAGGAAAGCCUUGAUGGCUUCUCAUACGUAUGAGUUGGCAACCGGACUAGCUAGUGAGGGAUCCCCGUGUCAGUCAAGUAUUUAAGUCGAGAUUUGAGCUUUAAGAAUUCAGUUUUAAGAGUUAAGCUUUUUAAUAGUGGAAGCACAAAACAACUUCCACUCAGUUAAGUAAAGUGAUCAAGUAUUAAUAAGGUGUUAAACGUAAG